AUGACGCAGCAAACUCCCUAUAUCGGGAGCAAAAUAAGCCUAAUUUCAAAAUUGGACAUACGCUACGAGGGCAUCCUUUAUACAGUCGAUACCAAUGAAUCAACAAUCGCUCUUGCAAAAGUGCGUUCAUUUGGUACAGAAGAUCGGCCGACAUCAAAUCCGGUAGCAGCGCGUGACGACGUUUAUGAGUAUAUCAUAUUCAAGGCAACCGAUAUCAAAGAUCUAAUUGUAUGCGAAACACCGAAACCUGUGCCCCAG